AUGAUGGAGAUUGUACCCGUUCCGCACACGCAGUUUCCCUCCUCUUCCGAGUGCAAAGUGUGCGGACUGCCGGCGCACGGAGUCCAUUUCGGAGUGACUGCGUGCAGAGCAUGUGCCGCCUUUUUCAGGUAUGUGUCACACUUUAUAAUCUUUCGAUCUCGCUCCGGGAUAAACACGCAUUUAUUUCUUUCAGGAGAUUUGUAGUGCUCGGAUUGGAGUACGAGUGUUUGCAGGAUAAGAAUAAGUGCAGUCUCGACAAACUCCGCAGGUUUUCCGGCGAAAUCCCGGCCACACUUAUCACUUUCUCACUUUCUUCAGAAGUUCCUGCCGUCAUUGCCGCUUCCAGAAAUGUCUCAAAAUGGGCAUGACUGCCGACAGUAAGUAUCCGGGAGCAUCACGAACGAAUCGUCUUUUUUUUCAGAUGUUCAAUGGAAUCGAGAUGUUUAUUCGGCAGACGUUCGCUCUCGUAAAUUCAAGUGUCAAGAGAUUAAUAAAAAUGACGAGAAUGAUGCGUAUUUAAGCGAGCCGAGCACCAGUCUAUAUUCGGUGAUCAAAAUAGAGGUGAUCACGGUGAAUGCGAUGAUAUCAGUCAAUGAAAGUACGGAUUACAGAAUGAGUUGUACACCCAGGCGAUUCUGAGCGAAGUGAACUACGAUAAUAUUGAAAAGGAAAUGCACAAACUGUUCUUGUCGGACAGUCCUUCUUUGGAACAAGGAUACUUCUGCUCACUGAGCCCACUUCAAAAGGUCGUGCAAGGAAUUCGGACGAUCCGAGGAACGCAAAGAGCCGCCGAGAGCAUAAAAUUCGACAACAAACUCUCGUUGGCCACGUUGGUGCCUCACUGGCGGGCUCAGGCGAACAACAUGGCGGUGCUUUCGAUGCACGCUUUAGCGUUCCGCAGAAUUCCGUUAAAUGAGAAGACGCGCAUAUUCAAAUCUCUUUGGCAGAACGUUUAUCGGUUCGAACGAAUCCAAAUGUCCACCGAGAUAUUCGGAGAGGAAUGCGUCAACCAAAAGGUUAUCCGUUUGUUUUUCAGAAUCGCUGCUCCUAAUUGUUGUUUUCCAGAAGUUGGCAAUCUCUUGUGAGAAAGCCAUUCAACUCGACGCGCUCUUCUUUGAUAUCGAAGGAGUGGCAAGCGAUAAGCUGAAGAUAACACUACAGUAAUCGUCCUCCAAUCAGAAUGCGUUAUUAAAUCAGAAUUUGACUUGCAGGGACUACAAAAUGUUUGCCGAGCGAUGUGUCGAGGAAGUGGCCAAACCGAUGAGUCAGUUGAAGAUGUCGAUCGAAGAAGUCGGCUGGCUUAUCGUCAAUUUUGUAAUGCACAAUGGUAUCAAACUGUAACCGCUUCCUUCUGUUCACUAAAAGCAUUCAGAAGAGAGUAUACUGGGUGACACUCUGGACGUCUGCGAUGAGUUUCGAGACCAGAUUGCCAAUGAACUUCACGAGCACUAUCGGAAGAACAAUGUGAUCAACUACGCGCCGCGUAUCGCUAAAAUGAUGAGCAUUAUCGUGGCGAUGAAGAGGAUACACUACGACGAUCUCGGCGGAACAUUCACUUUCAACUCUAAAAUGUUGAUAGAGAAUAAAACUAAGCAAUUAUGA